CGCAACAUUAUUCUCGACCAUUCAUACGUAUGCAGAAGUAACCAAAUCGAUUGUCAGGUUUACCUUCAUUGGCCGAAAGCUUCCUUGGAAAUUCAGUCUCUAGAUCGAGAUCAAUACGACGCCUUGAUAUCUACUUGGCUGUAGCCCAUAGCUCUUACGUAUAAGUCAGUAUAUAGGUCAGUGUAUACACCUAGGUAGUUAAGGUCAGUGGCAACCAAUCCAAAGCUUCAAUCCCAGAUUCGGCUUCAUCUAGGCAAGCCACAUACCCUCGUACGCCGAAAGGAAGGAAUACGGGGCUUACAAGGAACUUCUUUGUGCGUUCACCCUGCCGUCUUAAGCGGUCAUUCUUCCCUUACAGGGAACCGGUCGUAUGCCAUCAUAAAAGACGUCAGAGACAAGCCCCCUCUACCCUGUUGUAGUCUAUGUAGCAAAUAUAUCCAUAUAAUACCUGCCCUGCCACUUAGUCUUGGCUAUUCUUAAUUCUCCAGAUUUACACGACCCUUUACGACCUAAGCGUAUAAACAAGCUUUAUAUUUCUUAACUGCCAAGCAUACGACCUUGGAUACCUAACCCUACUGCAUACCUCUAUACCUACCUAUAUACCUAUUUAGCAUAUUACUGUUAAGAUCUAAUUCUCCAUGGAGACCGUAAGCAACGUGGCUUCUGCGGCUGUUAAGGCGGUCUGGGGCGAGAAUAAGCAAAACGGCCCAGAGCCUAUUUCGGGACAGACUGGCGACACCUCUAAAGGUGAACCGUACGAUGCUGGCAACAUUGAGGAUCCUAAAGUCCAAGCCGCCAAAGCAGAAUCCAACGGCGAAACCAAUGGCGAGGUCAGCAGAUCAACAGAAUACACUAAAGAUGCUGAGUUCUCUAAGGAGACAGGCACUGCAGCAGAGGCCAAGGACACGCCAGACAACCCGUCGACAGAGCUCAAGUCAAAGAGCAUACCCGACGACACAACCAAGGCUCAGAACGACGUGCGCACCCCAGAGGACCCGAAGACGAACCCCAAGUCGGCGCCUACUGACGUCAACGACGCCGAGGGCGGUCCGAACGAGGCCCAGAAGCUAGACGGCCCUGGACCCAAGCCGCUCGACGAAAUAGCGCGCGAGCACGGCGGCGACGCGGGUAAAAUAGAAAAGGACGAGAGCAAACCGCUUCCCGGCGAGGAAAGCGAGAGCAAGAGCAGCGGGACCAGCGGCGAAGACGAAGACGGCCCCAACGCGAAGAGUGCCGGCGAGGGCACCGGCGAGCAGUACGUUAAGAGCAGCGGCCUCCAGGCCGACGGCGGGGACUUCGACGCCACGAAGCCGGGGGCCGGUAGGGAAGCUGACCGUCUGCUAGAGGAGAAGGGGAUCCAUCCUGUCGGCGGCGCGAAAGUCGAUAAAGACGAUGAUGCGUCGGAGCAUAGCGACAAGAAGGACAAUGACAAGAAGAGCAUCGGGCAGAAGAUCAAGGAUAAAUUGCACCGACACUAAUUUCGCCGGUUGUGUCGACCUUAUGAUAAUGACGAUCUAUGAUUUCCGAGAACCGCGAGGCUCGCCUUGUUUGUCUAGUGCGGCGAUAUGGGUAUAGGGUUGUCGUCAAGCUUGAGCGUCUUUCACUUUGCGGCGUC